UUGAAUUCUAUUGGAGUUAGUUACCGCGGCAUGCGUAGCGGAAUAAACGCGUGUUUAUAGAUUCCGAUACGAAAUUCAGAGCAAAAUAAUUGUAACAAAAAUAUAGAUUUUAUCAAUAAAAAUGUGAGUUGUUUGUGAAGCACUUACUUGUAAAUGCUUUGGGCCUUCAACGGACAUAUUUAUUGUUAAGAUCUUCAUGAACAUGGAGUGAAGAAAACAUGACGAUACUUUUAUACGACUACUACGAUUUGGAGGAGAAAUCCUCCAGGCAACUUAAUGUGUGGAAAGCAUGGCACAUAAUCCUGUACGUAUGUGCCGCGGUCUUCGGCAUCACCAACUACGUGUUCCUACAGAACACCAUGCAACUGGUGGACAACAACUGCGUGCUGUUCCCACGCAAACUGGAGUUCCACACGGUAGAACUGAAAGCUCAAAAUAUAAGUGAAACACAUGACUUUAAGAAUGUAACUGACGAUGCUCAAGGUAACACGACCGUCCUCAACGCUGAUGGCAGUGAGAAGGUGAAGAGAGAGACCAAUGGAAAUGAAACGACUACUACUGAAGUCCCAACGUUGGAAGGCGAGACUUUUCUCACUGGGCCAGUGUCACGUCCCGCCAAAAAGCCUUGGAUUACUUUUUUAUCUGUAACUCUCUCCGUGAAAAGGAAAUUUAAAAAAAAUAAAACACAUCGCCUAGCGUUGGACACGACGAGGACUUUGUUCGAGUCCAAUGGAGACUGCCAGUUUGCUGAGUACAUGCCCCUGAUGUCCAUGAUCUUCGCUUCAGUAUGGAUCACCAUGUUCACCAUGUGUCCUAGGGGAGGACGGGCCAGGACUGGGCUUCAACAACCAUGGAGAAUCCUCACUCCAGCGCUUCUGUUCGCGCUGGUGAUGGUAGGAGUGACUGGCCACAGUUUCGCCUUAACCAACCAAGGUAUGCACGCCUUUUGUGCAGCCUUCUACGAGGUCACUAAUACAACUACUUGCUCAUCAGUAGAUCCAUUCUUGGAGCUGGGGUGGAACUCCACAUGGGGUUUCGGUGCGCGGGUAGCAGCUACCCGAGGGACAUGCGCAGGAGUGCUGGCCAGCUGGGCCUGCGCCGCCGCCCUACUGCUGGCGCGCUGUCUCACCGCACCAGACUUCGUGCUACGACGCACUGAUGUCUACCUCGCUAAAGACCCACAGCAGAAAGUAAUCCCCCACCUAUUGAAGACUCAGAAAUACCACCAACGGUCUAACCAGAGCUCGCCGAGUAAACGUGACAACGUAUCGGUUCGGUCUGAGCCAACGGUGACCACGGAGUUGGUGACAGCCUCCGUGGAGCAGGGCCAGGACACGGCCCCUACCUCGCUCACAGUCACACCAGUCAGGUCACCACGCUCCACCGAAGAAAUCGAGAUGACAUAUACGUCACAAGAACGCGCACACAAUCAGUAGAUGUAUUUUUUACUUUGUGAUAGCAAAGGCGGAUUGAUCAUUGAAUGUUGAGUACUGGGGCCUUAGUCUGCUAUUACAAUUGUGUCAGAAUGGGCGAUCACUGAUCAGUGCGGAGCUAUGUAGGUUGUAUAGCUCCGUCCCUCUUCCACUGCUCAGUGAUCGAUUAACCGCUGUAAAGCUACAGUGGCGCCAUUUUAAUAUCAUUGCAUUUCCUUUCAUAGGCGGCACGUAUGUAUAUUAAAUCUUAUACAUUAAUUGUAUUUCGGUAUAAGGGUCAGCAAAGCGCAUGUACAAGUGUUGCAAGCACGGUAACCACUUAUUAUCAAAUGGGCCGUGCGCUUUCUUGCCACCGUCGUGGUAUAAAACAAAAUUUAUAUUCAAUUUUCAAGGCCUUUUAAACUUAACUUUACAGUACUAUAUAUGGGUACAUCUAUGAUUUGCUUGAUAAUCCGCAACCCACGACAGACUUAGCACGGUUAUAUCCUCUCUGCCGCUCUUGCUAAAUCAAAGUGACUAGAUAUAAUAAAUCGUUAGGUGCUUUUAAAUUUAUAAAAAUGUAUUUUAUAACAACAAAUGAGCUAUAUACAGCUUCCUUUUGACAAACUUUGACUUUAUAUUAUAAUUAUGUGUAAGCUUAAGUGAAAAUAAACGUAGAUUAAUAUUGAAAA